AGUACACACGCGUGUGUUGACAAAUAUAAAUUUAUGCGAACGUUAGUUUGUUUUCAUAGGUUAUCUUUAAAAAUUUAAAACAGUAUUAUAAAAAAAAAAAUAAAUAAACAAUCAUGGCUCGUAAUGCUGAAAAGGCGAUGACAACAUUGGCUCGCUGGAGAGCAGCACAAAAUACUGAUGGAUUUAAAAAAGAACCAGAGCGAAGACCUUACCUAGCAUCCGAGUGUCGUGACCUGAGAAAAGCAGAAAAGUGGAGAAUGCAAAUAAUUAGAGAAGUCGCUAAAAAAGUUGCGCAGAUUCAAAAUGCUGGGCUCGGUGAAUUCCGGAUUCGGGAUCUUAAUGAUGAAAUAAAUAAAUUAUUGAGAGAAAAGAAACAUUGGGAGGCACAAAUUAAAGAACUCGGGGGUCCAGAUUAUUCUCGAGUUGGUCCGAGGAUGCUGGACCAUGAAGGACGGGAGGUACCUGGAAAUCGUGGAUAUAAAUAUUUCGGAGCAGCUAAAGAGCUACCAGGAGUACGAGAAUUAUUUGAACAAGAACCUCCGGCGCCUCCUAAAAAAACACGAGCGGAAUUAAUGAAAGACAUCGAUGCAGAUUAUUAUGGCUACAGAGAUGACGACGAUGGGAUUCUUCAACCAUUGGAACUUAAAACAGAAACUAGCAAACGUGAUAUUAAAAUCAGUAGUUGGGUUUAUCAAGAAAGCAACGAAGCUGAUGAAGAGAACGAAAUUGAAAUCACGUCGCAAAGAUCUAUACCCAGUCAAGAAGAAAUUCAAGAGGCUUUGCUAGCUAGGAAGAAACAAGAAUUACUUGAGAAAUAUGUUUUAUAAUUAUUAUUUUUAUUAAAUAAAAACCUUGUAUAUAUA